AUGUCAAUAGGCAAAGUCAUCUCCUCUCCGUGGCAUUGGUGGAGCCAACUGAUUUGUCUUGCGGGACCCACAGUCUGUGAUGCCCUUGGCCUUCUUCUCGAGGUACCACUUAACUUACCCAGCGAGGCCAUCAUCAACCGUUGGCUCAGUGAGCCAGUCUGUUGUCUCAGUCUUUCCACUGACCUUUUUACCACAAACAGUAAGGGUUAUCCAGUCUUGUCUCAAGCCCAUCAAAAGAUUAAUUCCCAAGUUUUGAUUACGGGUCAAAGUCACCAUGAACGUGGCCUUGCCGUGUAUCAACAAUAUGUAAACUGGAUCUGGAAGUGCACUGUUGAAGGAAAGUCUCUUUAUGAGAAGCACUCAAGGGGUCUCGAGGAUCAGCUUCAGGAACCUCUUCAGCCACUUCAAGACAACCUUUCUUCUGCCACCUAUGGCGUUUUUGAAAUGGAUCCGUACAAAUACAAGGCCUACGAGGAAGCUAUCUAUCUAGCGCUACUAGAUCGCUCUGGUAACAGUAAAUCGUCUCAGUGCGCAAACAUUCCGGUCGUGGAUGCUGCUACGUCAAUUGUCUACAUUCUAGGCGCCGGACAAGGUCCUUUCGUUGACGCUAGUUUGCAGGCCAGCAAGCGUUCUGGAUGUCCGAUUAGGAUCUAUGUCAUCGAGAAGAAUCCCAACGCUCUGCUCACACUUAAGCGACGCAUUCAGACGGAUUGGCAAGGAAAGGAUGUCCACCUUGUACCGGGCGAUAUGCGCCAAUUACCCCAUCCCCCACUGGAGAAGGCAGACAUCUUUGUCAGCGAGCUGCUGGGCUCCUUCGGGGACAAUGAACUCAGCCCCGAAUGCCUUGAUGGCGCUCAACACAUGCUCAAAGACGAUGGAAUCAGUAUACCUGCCUCCUACACAUCUUACGUGGCUCCCCUUCAGUCUCUGCGUAUCCACUUGGAGGCCUCGCGGUGUGGUGGCGGUGUGAGGGGUCCGGAUCGAAUACAGAAGCAGUUAGAAACGCCCUAUGUCAUCAGACUUUCCAAUUUCCAGUUAUUAGCUCCUCCGGAGAGGGCAUUCACUUUCAAGCAUCCGCGAAGUGACCUCAGCACGAAGCCUAACACCCGCUACUGCUGCUUAACUUUCACUCCCACUGAAGAUGGAACAAUUCAUGGAUUCGCCGGGUACUUUGAUUCAGUACUUUAUGGCAAAAUUACAUUGAGCAUCCAUCCGCAGCGCCAUAGUCUCAACAUGCUCUCGUGGUUUCCUAUGGUUUUCCCUCUGACAUCUGCGGUGCAAGUUCGCGCAUUGCAGAAGAUCACCUUUCACAUCUGGCGGUGUGCAUCAGCGCGAAACGUUUGGUAUGAAUGGGCCAUCACCGAACCCGCCGUCUCUAUGAUUCACAAUUCAGCCGGCUCCGCGUACAAAAUGGGACUUUGA